AAUUUCUUAAUUUUGUGCACAUGUGUAAUCUAUCCAUUUCAAAACACUUUUGUAACUUUAUAAAUAUUAAGAGUCUGUAAACUGGCAACAUUUAUAAAUUGUAUUGGCAAAUGGCGGCUAUGUCCCCGUCUGAGAGAAGAUUACAAAAGGAGCUUAUGUCCCUGAUGAAAGAACCUCCACCAGGAGUAACGGUAGACGGUGAUCAGGCCAGCCAAAAUCUUACGCUGUGGACAAUUCACAUGGAAGGUGUUCCUGGUACAUUAUAUGAAGGGGAAAAAUUUGAAUUGCAGUUCAAAUUUACAAAUAAAUAUCCUUUUGAUUCCCCUGAGGUAACGUUUAUAGGAAAUAACAUCCCGGUUCACCCUCACGUAUAUUCCAACGGACACAUCUGCCUAUCCAUACUCACGGACGAUUGGUCGCCCGCACUUUCCGUUCAAUCCGUCUGUUUGUCCAUCGUCUCUAUGCUUAGUAGCUGUAAAGAAAAGAAACGACCGCCGGAUAAUUCGUUUUACGUGAAAACCUGCAAUAAAAAUCCUAAGAAAACAAAAUGGUGGUAUCAUGAUGACUCAGUGUAACGCUGUUUGGUUGCUAUAUCGAGCAUGGACGAUAAAACGUGAACUUGUGAUAAGUGUUAUCGAUAAAGUUAACAUAUAAUGUUAUGUAUAUACGGACAGACGGUGCGAUUUUAUAGGCGGCUGUGCUAAAUUAUUUUAUCUGUUUUGCCGCCAUAUGAACUGUCAAUGUCAGUGAUGUGACGUUAUCUGUGGUUCGUUGCUUGAAAUUAUUUUGUGUAGUUAUUUUGCGACUGGAUAUGCUUUAUAGAAUUUUUCGCGUGGAUGGGUGAAACUGAAAAUGAGUAAUGUUCAAAAAUUAUGUGAAAACGUUUUAAUAUGUUGAAUUUUUUUGACCGCCUAUCGCAAAAUAUGGAGUUUCCCCUUAAUAAAGUCUAAACAAGACAUAAUAAUAUGUAAAAAUUGAUAAUAAAUAAUCAAUAUUUCUAUGGAUUUCAUAAAAUUGACAAAUACUAAUAAUUUCUUUUCAGAAUAAACAAGAAAUACACAAAUCUGUUUAGUGUAAUAUUACUGAUAGCAUUAAAUGUUGGGUCCAUAGUUAAAGAUUAUUUUAAAUUGAAACCCCAUGAUUUUUUUAUAUUAAUUGAAAACCAUGUCAAAAAUUAUAAAAUUCAGAGCAAAUUUAAUCUUUUGGUGUCGCCCAUCCUUAUGAGAAAAUUAAAUUAAAUGUAUAAGUGAAGCAGUCAUAAUGUAUUAUAGGUUAAAGUUCAAUAAAUUAUUCAAUCACU